GUAUAUAAAUAAUUAUAUCCUAACACAUUACGUUCAUACUUGGUAGGGUUCAUCACGAUUGAUUGUGGAUCGAACAGAGAAUACUUGGACAAAGGAACUGUAAUUUGGUACGAGAGCGAUAAAAAAUUUGUAGAAACAGGAGAGAAUUGCAAAGUAGCAGGGAGUUCGAAUUUAAACGAUCCAUACUUUGGGAAAGCGUCGAGAACGGCGAGAUGCUUUCCGGAAGGAGUGAGAAACUGCUACAAUCUGACGAGAGUGCCACAACAACAAAGGUAUCUAAUUAGGGCGAUAUUCAUAUAUAACAACUAUGAUGGCAAAAAUCAAAACAUGACAUUUGAUAUUCAUCUUGGAGUGAAUCUGUGGGACACAGUGAGUCUUGAUUCUGAGUCUUAUUGGUCUUUCACUGAGAUUAUAUACACUCACACCAGUGACUCCAUACAAAUUUGUCUUGUAAAAACUGGCCAAUCCACUCCUUGCAUUUCUUCUUUGGAACUACGCCCUUUGAGUAGCUCUGUUUAUGCUCUCAACUCGACCACCAAUUCACCGCUACUGUUGUAUUUACGGACUGACAUCGCCUCCCUUGAUGCACGUGAGUAUGUCAGGUACAAAGAUGAUGUGUAUGACCGGAUUUGGCGUUAUGAUCGCGAUGUAGAUAGUUGGCAAAGCUUGGAAUUAGAUAACUACUCAACCGCCAUUGAUAUUGGAAGCAAUAAAUCAGAUUCUUAUAAAGUACCGUCCAAAGUAAUGAGGAGUGUUGCAACAUCACAGAUUGUUUCUGAUGCCUUGGAAUUUAGUUAUAGCAGUGUGCUUGGAAUCGAAGUUGAAAACUCUAGCGGGUAUUAUACAUACUUCCACUUUGCUGAAAUUGAGCAACUUGGGGUUGGAAAAAAAAGAAUAAUUGACAUCACCCUUAACUCGCAAAGCAUUCUCUCAGAACCGUUGGUUCUUGAAUACUUGAAACCAGUCACUGUUAGUUCUGCAUAUACAGCACAUGGUGAUAUUAAUGUUAGCAUUAGUGCAACUUCAGGAUCAGAAGCUCCCCCAAUCCUCAACGCCCUUGAGAUCUAUCGGUUCGUACCGGAGAUUGAUUUCCCAACUGACGCAAAAGACGGUAUGAAAUUACAUUGAGUAAAUUUUUUUAUUUUUUUUAUAA